UAGUAUAUUUUGCACACCACAACAAUCCAGCUCGUGGACCUUGGAGCCCCUGGCUCUCCCGAGGAAACGUCUGCACCCUUCCUAUCUCACUGGCUCUCCAGGCAUGGUGAGUGCCUGCUGCAGAAAGGGCCCAGUCCCCAGCUUGGCCUGGAGAGGCUGGUUGCAGAAUGUUGUGAGAGAGACUUUUCUGGCGUCUGAAGUCUAGUGGGAAGGUCUGCGCAGCUUUUGCCAGCUCCCAGUGGGAUAAGUAUGGAAGGGCUUGCUGGAGAUGCCUAGCAGGCUGCUUCCUCUCUUCUGGCUUGGAGGACAUUAAGUGAUGAGAAGAGGAACCCUGGUUUCCCCUCUGUUUCUUUUUGCCAUGCUGUGUGGUAGGGUCUGAGCGGUGGGAAAGGAGACAAGUGCCUGGGCUGCCAAGGAUCCUGCCAGCAGGCAACAGGAUGGAUAGCAAAGCCAUGUACAUGCACACUUUUGGGGAGAGGGAGAACGGAUCCAUCUUUGAAGAGCCGUUUGACGGGAAGAACGCUUCGAAGCUGAACCUCUGUGAAGAUGGUCCAGGCAGCAAGAAGAAACCAUUAGGGCCCUGUGGCCAUCUUGGAUCUUUGGCUGCCCUCAAAUAUGCUGUGGUUGGGCUGUACUUGCUGGUGUUCCUGAUUCUCGUGGGAGUCUUUAUCUUAGCAGUGUCCAGACCGCAGAGCUCUCCUGAAGACCUGAAGGUGCUAACAGGGAACGUGAACCGAUUAAACGAAAGCUUGUGGGAUCUUCAGUUCAAAACAAUUCACCAACCUGUCAAAGGAGACUUCCUGGACCACAUCUGGCGUCUCCAGGACCUCCUGCAGAACCACUCAGAUUCCCUUCUAGUGAUGACAGGCUCCCUUCAGAAACUGGAAGGGGUUCUUGGGAACUUGCAGGCACAAGUUGCUCAGACAGACACAGUCAUUGCUGGACUGCGGGACAGUCUGAACCAACAAAGCGAUCUGGCACAAAUGGAGAUAUACAGGCUCUCGGUGGAGGGAAACAGCAGCCUACUGAGGUUGAAGCACCAUGAAGUCUUGCUGAAUGAGCUGGCAUCACACGUGGAGAGCAUGAGUGACCAGCUGACCGACAUGGGUGGGGAAGUGAGUACCAUGAAUAGGACCCUGUCCUAUGAUGUGGGCAUCCACCAUACUCGCAUCCAGGACCUACAGAUCCUUAUCAGCAAUGCUACAGAGGAUGCCCGGCAAAUGCGUCUCGUCCACAUUGCCAUGGAGCAACAGCUCAAGCAUGAGCUGGCCAUCCUGAAUAAUGUGACUGAAGACCUGAGGCUCAAGGACUGGGAGCACUCCAUCUCCUUGAGGGACAUCUCCGUCAUACAAGGUCCUCCUGGACCAAAAGGGGAUCAAGGCAAUGAAGGGAUGGAAGGUGAACCUGGUCCUCCUGGCUUACCUGGACUGCAAGGGUUCUCUGGGGAAAGAGGACUUAUGGGGCAACGUGGCCUCAAGGGGGACCAAGGAGAUGCGGGCCCAAGAGGAUUGCCUGGAUACCGUGGAAUGACAGGUGACCGAGGCCCGAAGGGAGAGAAAGGAGAGAAAGGGGACAGAGGUACAGAAACAGCGCCUGCUGCAGUCGAGGGAGUUAUCCGUCUAGUGAAUGGCUCAGGCCCUCAUGAGGGGCGAGUGGAAGUUUUCUACAGCCGACUGUGGGGGACUGUCUGUGACGACGGCUGGGAUAAGAAGGAUGGUGAUGUUGCAUGCCGGAUGUUGGGUUUCCGGGGCGCUGAAGACGUUUACAGGAUGGCUGCAUUUGGGCAAGGGACUGGGCGUAUCUGGAUGGAUGACGUGGCCUGCAAGGGGACAGAGGACAGCCUAUUCCAAUGUGGCUUUUCCAGCUGGGGAAAAACAAACUGUGGACAUGCCGAGGAUGCAGGAGUGACAUGCUCAGUGCUGUGAUAACAGAAGCUUGGUAGCCAAACACUAUCCAUUGAGAAGGGACUAUUGGAUCCCAGAGACUGUUCAAUGCCAGCAGCCAUCUUUCUGCCUGUUUUCCCACCAGCUGUUGGCCAAGUGGAGCAGUAUCUCUCGGGGCUUGCUGUACAGUCUCCAGUGAUCCAGUGACCCUGCAGGGACAAGGUUCCAGCCCUUCCUAAGUGGUACUGCUUCUCUUUCUCACAUGUAGUCCAAGGUUAUGGGACAGUGUGGUCCUUAAAAUGCCCAUUCCUGGUAGAACUGCUAGAAUUCUGCAGACUUUGAAUAGCCGGCUAUGACGAUCCCAUUAUUGCAAGCAGUGUACGAUGCAGCGAGCAAAACCAGCACUACAGUUCCGCAAGGCCUGAAGACGCACGUGGCAGGGAGCAGUUGAGCACCUCAGGGUGUAACCUGUCUGCUUAGCAAACUGUUGGUUGUGGCUUUUUUUUUUACCAUGAAAAAUAAAAGAAUGAUGUGUUAUUCUGUAA